AUGAUCAACCUGCCAACUGCUCAUGUACCCUGGCCAGACCUCCCUCUUCGGAAUGAAAUGAGCCAACCACGACUGGACACUUCACGUGAAACUUGGGUUCACGACGACCGCUUCCUUCGGAUGUUCUACGAGAAUUUUCACGUGGCCCAUCCCUUCCUGGUUCCAAGCGCGAUCUAUCACGACCGGCAGUAUCCCGAGUUUCUCCAACUUGUGGUCAAUUUCGUCGGAUCUCACUACAUGCCCGGUGCAAGCCCUCAAUAUAAAGAAAAAGUAUUGACGGAAUUGACUUGCAACCCGGACAGAUCACCGUGCAUGGUACAGGCCUGGCUCAUUUACUGCAUCGCCAUCUUUGCUCGAGGUGAAUGGCAAGAAGCACAAGAAGCUCUCUCCCGCAGCAUGGAAAUUGCUCUUGAGCUGGGCAUGAAUCGGUGUGAGUUCGCGUCAUCGGCACAUCCCGAAAAUUCAAUCGAAGCAGAAAGUCUACGAAGGACAUGGUGGGAGCUCUAUAUCACCGACGUCUUCAUGGCAGCCCCAUUCAAAAACAACUCAUUCCUGUGCAGCACAAUGGCGCCUGAAGUGUCAUUACCGUGCGAGGAGUCAGCAUACACCGGCACCGGCACCAUCCCAACGCCCUGCAGAAUCCUAGAUUUCAAACGGCGAGUCUUCGCACCUGAAGAAAAAGUGUUUUCGUCAUCAAGCUAUCGAAUUGAGGCGGCGACAAUCCUGUGCCGAGCCCUAGUUUUGAAUGGACUAAAAGAUUACCACCGUGACCAUCUCCAAGCUGUCGAGAACGCACUUGUCAGCUGGGUGAACCAUCUGCCCCCAAAGAAGCUGGAUGUCGUUGAUUCAUACGGCAACAUUGAUGAAAUGAUGUUCCAAGCCCACUUGAUGAUCUCAUACGCAACUAUGCUCCUCCAUCUCCCCCGGAGUGACCUCCAGCCUGUCCUUUCACCAUCAAAUAAUCACUUCUGGCCUCUGGCUACCCGCCACCUCGCAUCUACCCUCAACCGCUCCGUCCAUAGCAUCAAAGCUACCGAGGCCUCACGCCGCUUAUCAGACGCAAUCUCGCUCUGCCCUAAUGUCCCCAAACACACCCCCUUCGCGAUCCCGGCACUGGCUCUAUGUGGGAUGAUCCAACUAGCCACAUCUAUCAAGCACAACGACGAAUGCUUCGAUCACCAUUACAAUCGCGUCACCCUGAUCCUCGGCUGCCUCAAGAGCACCAAGCGAAUUUGGGCUCUGGCCGAUGAAGCCUAUGGACAGUUGCGGUCCUCUGCUGCCGAGAACCUGUCCGAUUCGAUGGAGCGGUGGUGCACGGAACCGCCUAGGAAGCUGUUCCCGGCGGAGUCUACCCCGAGUAGUGCAGAUCGUACGGGCCAACCUGCGCGGCCUACGUCGGCCUUUUCCGAGAACGCGGAUAUCGUGUUCCCGCCGAUGUUGUCUUCUUUCGUUGAUCCGACUUGCUACAACGAUUCAUUUUUCACUUCCAUUCCGGAUUUUGAUAUCAACUGA